AUGGAUUAUAAUGACUCCAUUAUAAGCCAUUUUAGAGGUCAAGAUCCGGUCAGCACGGAAAAGUUAACAGAACUCGUCAACGAGCAAAAGGGCAAAGUUUCGCAACGCUCCAAGAAGAUCGCGGGAUUCCAAGGAUCAGGAGUUGAAGAGCAAAGUCUGCGGCGCUGUGAAAGCGCUCUGUCCAUUUUCAAGGAAUUGAUCAAGCUUCAAUUUUUAAUACAGAAAUCCUGGGACCUACAGGCACUUUCUAAAAGCGUUUUGGUGAGAUUCGACAUUCAAACAGGCGCGUUACCGGGCCAGGACUCAAAGCUAGAUCAUGCGGAGACUUUUUAUCGAGAAUUGGCUCUCAAAACUAUUACACGGUGCGGAAAACUGUCAGAAGCCAUUGAGGCAUUAUCCUUGGACUCCCAGCGAGUUCGGGAUUAUUUGGAUGUUCAGUCCUCGCACGACCCGUCUGCUUGUCUGGAAGACUCCACAUGCCUCCUGCUAGAAAUUUGGUUCCUCUGCGGUAAGAACAUGCGGUCUUUGAAAAGGAACGUGGCAGAAUUGUUCAUCCGAGCCAAGUUGUUGCUGAUUGAUUGUGAACUGGAGGUCAUAAAGUCUUUGGCAACCGAAGACGGAUACGGAACGUUACAAGAGACUGUCGUCUCUUAUAGGUCGUUCAUAAGAGUUCUUCUUCAACAGAUGCAGGACGCCGAUGUCAAUAACGAUCAAGGGCUAUUCGAGGAAUGUCUCCAGGUUUUCCUCGAUGUUGAGUCUAUGUUCAAUGUCAUGAACUUUAAUUAUCUACUUUACGAAACACAAUACUCACAGGCUGAUGUCCGACUGCCAUCAAGCACACAAUCAAAUAUAGUACAGGAAGCGUCAGAACUGCGAGAUAUGUCCCAAUUCGCGAAUGAAAGCAAUGCCUCAACAUCAUCAAAUGACGAAAAUGAGUUUGCAGAUCUUCUGCCUCAAAUUAGAAAUGCAUCACAGGAACGAAGAAUGUCCGAGACAUCAAACUUAUCCGUUUCGCUCAUGAUGGAGAAAACAUCUUUGAAAAGGGAAUUGCCUAAACUUCUACAGGCUUUCAAUGAUGCUAAGAGAUUAGAACAAGAGUUAGAGAAUGCGCGAGCGGCCAAAAAUAAUAUCUCGGAAAACGUUUCCUCGAGUCCUUCUGUAAAUGCGACGACUUCAUCACUCUCCUCUUCCCUACUAUCUCCUUCCUCAAGUCUCUUUAUGGGCUCGGCGUCGAGAAUGAGCCAUGAUCCGAACAGCUCCAUAUUUUCUGUCAACAGUAGUAUACAUUCAGAGGAUGAAUCUAGAUUCAAUGAGGGAUCCUUGCCAAAAGCUAAAAACGUUCCAACCGGCUUUCCUUCUGCCGAUUCCUUUGCAAAUUCAAUAACCUACGACAGUGCAAUGAAGUUGUCUUCGUCGCAACAGUUAUCGUCAUCCUUCCGAUAUCCUCGAAACGUCCAGGGAUUUAGCAGCAAUGUGUUAAACAACCUCUAUGGUUUAGGCAAUAAGCACUGA